GAUGAAGGUUGUCGUACUGUACCCAGUGGAUGUUGUUGGGAUGUGGCAUCAAGCUAAGGUUGCUGACCUUGGAAUCACCAAGAGCUACAGCUUAAAGCGGGAACCUUCAAAUAGCAAUGACAGGAAUGCGUUUGCAGUAAUGGAUGGCGAAAAACGUAUGGGAUAUUUAAAGUGGGAAGACGCGGAGCUUAUUUCUCCAAUAGUGGAUGAAAAUAGAGAAACUAUCAGGAAAUUGUGGUUUAAAGCCAGUGAAGUCUCACGGCCGAGUAAAAGAGGACCAAUGCAGAAAGGCCAAAUUGCAUUCUACAUUGAAGAGUCUGAUGAAAUACGGAUGAAGACUUUAUUUCCGUCAAGAUUCAUGCUCUCUGUAAAAAAGACAAAUUGA